AUGGCCUCAGAUCUGCCUGACUGGUUGGCGCCUCGGUCACGAGGACCGAGACCAGACACGCCCGAGGAUGAGUCCACGAUGGAGUUCGGACUCGAUUUGACUUUGACCCGGGAAUUGAAGAUGAUGUCCCUAGGACUCUCUUCCAUCAGUCUCUUGGCCGGACUAUUAUCGAUUUACUGGCUCGUCCGCAUGCGACGCAGUUUUCGUCACGAUGACUUCACCAAGUCCUUGUGCUUCGUUACCUACUCCUCUAUCACUUUCAAUCGUCUCAUGCCACUGGAUUCUUCCUCGACCUUUUGCCAAGUCAGUGGGUUCUUUUUCUCCAUGGGAGUUGAAGCCUCAGAUGCUGCCGUAUUCCUGAUUGCGCUUCAUUGGACCGUCUACAUAUUUCGGUCGAACAGGGCAGGCGACGGAAUUUACCCUUAUAGAUACUCAGCUUUUGCGUUCUACAUUCUGUUUCCUACACUGAUGGCUUCCUUAGCGUUCUGCAAGGGGUUCCCGGCCUAUGUUGACACGGGCCAGUAUUGCUAUUUGCCUGCCACGCCUUGGUGGUACCGUCUGUCACUUUCCUGGAUCCCACGAUACGUCAACGUGGCCUUGAUAAUUAUCAUACGCAUAUCAUUCAGGAUUCCCAUGGGUGGAAACCUGUACGAAUCCUAUUCCGUCAGUCAGGCUGACGAGAGCAUUGGAUUCCGAGAAUCACUGCGAUUAAGACUGGAUCGACUCAGCAUAAGCUCAGUCAGGUCAAGGGGCUGGCACUGGCAAGGCUUGGACUGGGAACCUGACAGGGGACCGCAUUCUCCCAGUUCAGGGUUGGUGUCUCCCAAGACAGGCCCCGUGGACCCAACACUGGAGGCCACCGAGACGAAUUACACGUUACAGCCACCAAGGCCCUCGUUAUCUACACUCAAACGUGGAGGAACAGUUCAGACUUGGCCCUCACGGCCAUUCCUUUCGGAAGGUCGCAAGUCAUCCGCCUUCUAUCGCCGCCCAAUAUCGACUUCCAUGGAACGAGUCGACAAAACAGGCAACAGGUUGAACAUCGGCCGGAGACAUCAAUUUGACGGAUCGCAGAUGCACAUCUAUACAAUACUCCAGCAGGGGCCCAGCUAUGAAGGCCGUUUUAAUCCAACGCCAAGCCCCUCCACUUUGCUGGACUAUGAGACGCUUGAAUCUGACGGUAUCUCCAGAGACCGCGACAGAAUACGCCGUCAGCUUCGCCUCUUGUUCGUCUACCCAGCAGUCUAUGCCUGCGUGUGGGUUUUUCCUUUCAUUAUCGACGUCAUUGGAUAUGACAAAGAUCAUAAUCGCAGCCGGUAUUGGAUCUUGGUAGCCAGUCUUGUCUCGAUGUGUGUUCAGGGCCUGGCAGAUGCGAUCGUGUUCUGCGUUCGGGAGAAGCCUUGGAGGCACAUGAAUGGAGGAUUCUGGGAAAACUUAGGCAUGCAAUUCAUCAAUGGUCUAAGAUUUGAAUCGCGGAAUGACAUUGGCAGGACGAGAGAGGAGAUGUUUCAUGAUAGCUCGAGGGCGAGGCUGAGAAGGGAGGAGGAGGAGCGAGAGAGGGAACGUACCAGCAGGGUAAGUCCAAGCGGCACGUCUUUCCUGGCGUCAGUGUCCAGAAACUGGUGGGACAUCGAGUUGUAUGGUGACGAGGAGGCUGAUAGUCAAGAUGGCAAGGAUGCGGUCAAGGAGUGGCUAGGGCGUGAGAUGCAUAGCCAACGGAGGAGUACGCAGACCGGUUGA